UCCUGUCCUGCCUGCCCCUGGGUCACCACAGACAGAGGGCAUGUGAUGACCCACCUACUCCUUGGGACUUGGCCCUGCACCUUGCUUUGACCUGUGGAAUAUGAGCCGCCUCUUCGACCAGUUUUUCGGCGAGGGCCUCUUCGAGUGCGACCUGCUGCCCUUCCUGUCCUCCACCGUCAGCCCCUACUACCGCCAGUCCCUGCUCCGCACCGCGCUGGACUCCGGCAUCUCCGAGGUCCGAUCCGACCGGGACAAGUUUGCCAUCUUCCUGGACGUGAAGCACUUCUCCCCGGAGGACCUCACCGUGAAGGUGCAGGAGGACUUCGUGGAGAUCCACGGCAAGCACAGCGAGAGGCAGGACGACCAUGGCUACAUCUCCCGCGAGUUCCACCGCCGCUACCGCCUGCCUUCCAACGUGGACCAGUCGGCUCUCUCCUGCUCCCUGUCUGCCGACGGCAUGCUGACCUUCUCUGGCCCCAAGGUCGCAUCUGCUGGGGACGCGGGCCACAGCGACCGAGCCAUCCCCGUGUCGCGGGAGGAGAAACCCGGCUCUGCCCCCUCGUCCUGAGCGGGGCCUCGCGCCCGCUGCCACCCGCUGCUGCCCCUGCGACCAUCCAUGGGGGGAGCCCUAGAAACGGGGCCUUUGUCUUCCUUCGCUUUCCUCUUUCUUGUUUCCUUCUCCUCUUCUCCGAGGGAAUGAGGGUUUGAGAGCGUAGCCUGGAGGGUUUGGGACAUCGGGUCGUCGGAGGUGCUGCGACCUCAGGGUGACCCACAUCCCAACACCGGCCAGUUGGUGGGAGUGACAGCCAUCUCAGCUCCGUUAGACAAGUGCCCGUCCUCCUGGGGGACGCAGGCCGCCUGGGCUGACGGAGGCCAGAGAACUGCCCUGCCGACCAUCCCCGGGUGCCUCCCAGCCAGGCGCAUCUGACCGUGGCAGCGGGCAUCCGCGUCAGGGCCCAGCCGUGGGCCUGCCAUGUGUCCCCGGCCCCCAGGGGCCGACCCUCGAAGGCCUGUGUGCCUGGCCCUCAGCAGCCCGCUUCUCUCAGACCGCCCUCCCUCCUCCUUCCUCCCUGCACUCCGCCCCUGGGCGUCUGGCGCCCCUGACAGGGCAGCCUGU